GGCUGAGGUAAGUCGUUUAUACAACAAUGUUUGCAUGUCAACGUCUAUAAAAUGUGUUGCAUCGGCAUUUUGAUCCUCUUUUACAUGGUUUUUAAUAAGGUGGAAGAAAUAAGGGUAGCAAUUGUGAAUGAAGUGAAUGAAUUAGGGGAGACGGCUUUGUUUAUCGCAGCUGAAAAAGGGUAUAUCGAUAUAGUAAAAGAGCUUUUACCGUAUACAACUAAGGAGGUUAUUAAAUUGAAGAAUCGGUUCGAGCUUGAUCCAUUGCAUAUUGCGGCAAACCGAGGUCAUGAAGCCAUUGUGCAGGUGCUGUUGGAUCACGAUCCAAGCCUAAGUAAAACAGUCGGGCAAGCAAAUGCAACCCCUCUUGUAUCGGCAGCAACAAAAGGGCAUACGGAUGUAGUACAUGCAUUGCUCAAAAAUGAUCCUAGCUUGAUAGAGAUACCAAAGGCAAAUGGGAAAAAUCCAUUACACUUUGCUGUAAGGCAAGGGCAUGUUGAUAUUGUCAAAGCAUUGCUUGACAAGGAUCCACAAUUGGCAACAAAGACUGAUAAAAAAGGGCAAACUGCAUUGCAUAUGGCAGUUAAAGGGGUAAGCUAUGAAGUGGUGAGGCUGCUUCUUAAGACAGAUCCUUCCACUGUCACACUUCCGGACAAGUUCGGUAAUACGGCAUUACAUAUCGCUACUCGAAAAAAACGGACAGAGAUAGUGAAUGAACUUCUACAGAUCCCAGACACUAGUGUGAAUGCACUUACAAGAGACCAGAAAACAGCUCUCGACAUUGCCGAAGGGCUUCCCCUCUCUGAGGAGAUUGUCGAAAUAAAAGAGUGUUUGUCUAGUUUCGGUGGUGUGAGAGCGAACGAGCUAAACCAACCGCCAGACGAGCUGAGGAAAACCAUGAAAGAGAUCAAGAAAGAAGUGCAUACUCAGCUAGAGCAAACCCUCAAAACAAACAGAAAUGUGGAUGGCAUUGUCCUGGAGCUGAUUAAGCUUCACCAGCAAGGCAUCAACAAUGCCACCAAUCAAGUCACAGUGGUAGCCGUGCUUUUCGCAACUGUUGCAUUUAUGACAAUUUUCACGGUCCCCGGGGGCGAUAACGACAACGGGGUGGCCACUGUUGCUCGGGGAACAUCGUUUAAGAUCUUCUGUGUGUUCAACGCGCUCGCGCUCUUCACGUCACUCGCUGUCGUUGUCGUACAAAUCACAAUCGUGAGAAGAGAACUAAAAACAGAGAAAAGGUUUGUUGAGGUGAUUAAUAAGUUGAUGUGGUUGGCCUCUGUCUGCACCAGUAUUUCAUAUAUUUCAUCAUCGUAUAUAGUGGCGGGUCGACGUAACAGGUGGGCUGCAAUUCUUGUAACAGUUAUAGGAGGAGUAACAAUGGGUGGAGUUCUGGGUGCCAUGACUUAUUUGGUGGUGAAAAACAAAAGGGUUCGAAAAGUUAAAAAGAAAGACAAGAAUUCAACCAAUCAAACAGAUUCCCUGAGUUUAUCAGGUACUGAUACAGAAGUGAACACAAUCUAUGCCCUUUGAUGUUCAUACUAGUUGGAAAAUGGCCUAUGCUAAAUGGUUCAUUGAUAGAACAUACAUGAAUGUGUUUGGUAAGCUAGAAAAUGAAACAUAUAGUA